UCCUAGAGCGGUACCGCAAGUGGCGGGAAGGCGCGCGCGACACUAAGGAGUGCGACGCAGCACCACCGAGAGGCCGGGGGACGUAGAGCAGCUUUGGAAGGGGGCGGAGGUCCUGUGGGCCCCUCGUGGUGCAGGUGAGGGCGAGUGGCGGCCUGGGCGGGCGCUGGAUCCCGCCCCCGCCAGAGUUCCGCCGGGUUCUGAGCUGAGCCGUCACCCAGAGGAAGACGAUAAUGGCUCUGUCUGCCUCGUGCUGAGAAGCAGCUGCACACAGGAUGUGGUGAUCUGUCCCCGAUGGAAUGAUGGAGAGAAGCCAGGUAACCCCUGACUGGGAGUCCUCAGCCUUCCCUGGCUUCCUGGGUGAUUCCUGCUUCUUAGGAACAGCAGUGGAGCUCCCUGUAGCAAUGGAGCUUCCUGUGGUAGUGGAGCUUCCUGUGGUAGUGGAGCCGCCUGUGGUAGUGGAGCCGCCUGUGGUAGUGGAGCCGCCUGUGGUAGUGGAGCUGCCCGCGGCAGUGGAGACGCCUAUAGUAAUGCAGCUGCCUGAAGCAAUGGAGCUGCCUGUAGUAUUGGAGCUGCCUGUGGUAAUGGAGACGCCUGUGGUAAUGGAGAUGGAGCCAGUAAUGGAGACCCCUUCUGCGAUGGAGACCCCUGCGGCAACAGAGCUGCCUGCAGCAGUGGAGACGGUAACGGAGACCCCUGCAGCGAUAGAGACCCCUGCGGCAACAGAGCUGCCUGCAGCAGGGGAGACGGUAAUGGAGACCCCUGCGGCCAUGGAGACCCCUGUGGUAAUGGAGAUGGUAAUGGAGAGGCCUGCAGCAGUGGAAAAUGAGACCCACUCCCCAAAGGAGACAACUGUGCAAAAGGCCCCUCUCAAGGGAGAGACAGCAUCAGGUGGGAAAAAGCCCAAGAAGCCUGCAGGGACUCGGAAGCCCCAAGUGGGGACUCAGAAGCCCCGAGCUGGGGGCCGGAAGCCCCGAGCUGGGGGCCGGAAGCCCCGAAAGGAGACCAACCUGAGCCCUGAAGAUGAGGCACAUCUCUUUGAUGCCUUUGAUGCUUCGUUUAAAGACGACUUUGAGGGUGUCCCCGUGUUUGUUCCUUUUCAAAAGAAGAAGCCUUAUGAGUGCAGUGAAUGUGGACGAAUCUUCAAACACAAGACGGAUCACAUUCGCCAUCAGAGAGUUCACACAGGAGAGAAGCCCUUUAAGUGUGACCAGUGCGGGAAGACUUUCCGGCACAGCUCAGAUGUCACCAAACACCAGAGAAUUCACACUGGUGAGAAGCCCUUUAAGUGUGACCAGUGUGGGAAGGCCUUUAACUGUGGCUCCAACCUUCUGAAACACCAGAAAACACACACUGGAGAGAAGCCUUAUAGGUGUGAGGAGUGUGGGAAAGCCUUCACCUACAGCUCCUGCCUCAUCCGACAUCGGAAGCAUCAUCCGAGGAAGAAGCACUGAGCAGGAGGCCUUCAGAUGUGGGCCCUGGGUGAGCGUGGGAUGGAGGUCUGAGAUUCCUGUGCAGUGGCUGCCUGUCUGUCACCUUGGGGAGGGUCCCCCAUCAGUUGUGGGAGCCCACAGAGCCUGUCUGCCCCAGUGUGUCUGCACCAAGUGAUGGCAUGAAGGCUUCUCAGGGCUCAUAGGUGUGUUAGCUGCCAUUUGUGUGACAACUUGGAGCCACCGAGCAUACAUGCCUCCCUUACUGCCUCAGCCUGUGCCAUCCUCUGCUUUGGUAAUUCUGUCAGCAUUUUUGAAGGCUUCAGGGUGUGGUUGUAGCCCUCUGGGGCCCUGAGCUGGAUGGCAGCAUUCCGGUCCCCACUGGACAACACCAGGUUCUGCUCAUCCCUUGGCAGCUGGCUUUAGCAACCAUCUUGAAAUUGCCCUCUGGCUAAUCCAGCAUCCCUAAGCUCAGCCCUGUGCCUGGAACUGGACCUGGAAUGCACUACUGUAUUCCCAUGUCCCAGCCACCAUCCUGGACCAGCAGCCUGGACCCAUAGGAAGUGAUCUCAUCAGGCCAUUGUGCCCACCCACAGGCAGAUUCCUAUGCAGACCUUGUGGCCCCAGGGUGCCUGCCAUCAGCAGCUUCUGUCCAUGGCACAUUCAGACAACUGCAGCCCUGCCUCACUCAACCAGCAGGUCCACUUUCCCGCCUGUCACCAGAGGCAAGUCCACAUGGCCAUGUUUGCCCUCUGUCCCAAAGUGCUCUGUGAGAUCUGCUCUAGGGAUGACAGAGUGACCACUGACCAGGAGGUAAUACAGUUGGGGUACUGGGGGGAAGUUGUGUUAGGGUUCGUGACUCGGUGGGUCUCUUCAGGAGAACAAAUGCACGAGUAUGGAGAUGCAAAAGUCAAGCAGAGUUUUAUUAGGCCAGCUAGCUGGGGCCGACCGUCCUUCCAAGACAUGCAGGUCUGGUUGGAGCAAUUGACCCGGAGGCAACUUCAGGAUGCACUGGACAGGGUCCAGACACAGAAUGCCAUGCGGGCCCCCAGGUUGGGCCUGAAGACUCCUGCAGUGGCACCUGGAUGGUGGAGUCACACCAUCCCUCCAGCAGGCAGCCUCCUCAAUGAGACCAAAUACCCAUUCGCACACAUGGAGGGUAUCCCGUGAGCCAACAGCCCUGGACACUUCUAGGAAGAAAACAGGAGCUGAAUUCAGCAUGGAAAACAGCAAAAGAAAGUGCAGGUCACCUCAGCAAGAAGCUCAAAGAUGAGAGUCGGCGUCCACUUCCACCACAGAAGGCACAGCAGAAGCUCACUGGAGUUGCGCACCCAGGGAGGCUGCCGUCACAGGAGGCAGGAACAGGAAAGCUACAGGAACAUGUUCAACUGGAGCCAGAAAUCUCUUGGGAAUAUGAUGCAGCUCACCUUGGCAGCACCUCAACCGCAGUAUCUGAUGGAGGGUGUCCUGCAGGAAGUAGUGACCAGCACAGCUCCUACUGGGCCUCAGUGAGAACACAGAGCCCCUGCCAGCAUCUGACAGUCCUGUAAGGAGUGGGCAAAUGGGAGCUCUGAGCUGCACCAGCAUCUACCCCUGGGCCCUUCUGGCUGAGUGGGAAGGCAAGAGCUGCCUCUAAGGAGAAGCAGAGGUGAGCCCCAGCCUGGGCCCAGGACUCUACUUCUUAGGGAGAGUGGGCCUGACCAGGGCCUUAGACUUGAUUCUAGCGGGCUCCACUUUCAGUUCCUGGGGGGCUGUGGGCCCAGAACACACCCAGGAUCCCUUCUGGUUUGGCAUCAAGACACAGUCAUUUCCUGUGCUGGUAAACGGGGACACCAAGAUGCCUUGCAGAGGAAGGCAGGAUGGGGGCCCCACAGAGAAAGGCCCUGGCAUGAGGGGCAGUGUGGGGGUCUCUCCCUUUCCUCGUGGCUCGUUGGCCACCGGACCAUGAGGACAAAGGGAGCAGAAGCGACGAACGGGGUCAGGACAGCCAGUGAGCACUGACAGAAGAAAGCCCUUCGGGGA